AUGGUGACUUACUCUACACAGUCUUGUCAGCCAGCAUGGCUCACGUCGCUCCUGGACGAUACAAGCCCUGCUCCCAAACUGUAUGCCUGGACCCCAGACAACAUAAGGAGCAGUACAGAAACCAAGGAGAGUCCAAGUCCGGAUUCGGCUGAUUCUGCCGAUCUGAACCGCCGAAUAUUCAUUUUGGGCAUUGGCAACCUGGGUCGCCUCUACGCCAGCUGUCUCUCCAUGCACACACCGCGACCCCCAAUUACCCUCGUUGUACACAAACAAGAGCUCCUAUCCCAAUGGAUCCAAGGCCCAGGCCUCGAAAUUACCAGAUCAGGACGGCUCUAUCGCGGAAAAGACGAGUUCCAAAUUGAGUGGUGGACUGAGCAAGCACCCAUCUAUGGACCUGUCAGAGAAAUCGCUCGAGGGACCAAAGUCCGCAACCUCAUCGUCGCGACCAAAGCCGCUGCAGCCAUGCGUGAAGCUGACAGGCUACGGAGAUAUCUCGACAGCAGCAGCAGCGUGGCAUUUCUCCAAAAUGGCAUGUCUAAGCUGUGGCCGCCCCACGGACAGGAAUACGUGGCAAAGCGGUACCCUCAGAACGACGCGCCCAACUUUUUGGCUUGUGUCACAAACCACGGCGUUUUAUCAGAGGGGCCAUUCAAAAGCCUUCAUGCAUCGCCCGCAGACAGUGCCAUUGGGCCCGUAUUGCUGAACGAAACUGCUCGGCAUCUCGCACCGAGCGUAGGCUAUUUGACAGAAGCCAUUGCUUCCGCUCCCUGUCUCAAUGCAAGGUCCAUUACAAAGGUCCAACUCUGGGUGUCGCAGCUUCAGAAGCUCGUCGUGAACUCUACCAUAAAUCCCCUCACUGCCGUCCUUCGCUGUAAAAAUGGCGCCCUCUUUGAGAAUCCUCAUGGCGCUGUAGCCAAAGUUAUUGACCGCCUUCUACACGAAUCAAGCGCCAUUCUCCAAGCCCUCAUCAACCACCGCAGCACUGCCGAGAUUCUCACAUCUUCAACGGACGUCAAAUCUGCUCAGUCGCUGAGCUCCCUAAGAGAAGAGCUCUAUUUGCGUUUCUCAUUUACUGAGCUUCGCUCAAUGCUUUACAAGAUCGGCAAUGUGGUGAAGGACAACACCAGCUCAAUGCUUCAAGAUGCCCGCGCUGGAAAACCCACAGAGAUCCGCGACUUCAAUGGCUGGCUCGUCGAGACGGCCGAUUUCCUUAGGCAAAGUAGCAGCGGUCAGCCGCGUGACCGGGACAACCUGGACGUGUCUUGCCAUCAGGCGUUAAUUGCGAUGGUUGAGUCGGGCACUGUUGUGGACGAAACGGAACUGGCCAAACAAUUGCUACCCUGA